CUUUCAAAGUAGCUGCUUUAGUGCAAUACCGAUUUAAAGUAUCUGUUGGAAUUUCAUAUUUUUUUAGAGUUUAUUUAGGCUGAAACAAAAUCCCAUUUCUGUAUUUAAUUAAUAAUUCAAUUUAUAGUAAAUGUCUGAUAAUUAGACAAGCUGAAAAGUGUUUCUUCGCUCUGAGAGAGGUGUAUUUUAUGUGUUAAGCAAUUGUGUAUUCCGGUGCUCCGGUUCACUAGUGCUGUGGCGUUCUUUACGGCUUUUAUAACGAAUGUAAAAACAAAGAAAUAUGGUUUUGAAGCAAUUUCUCAGCCGUAAAGUAUAUAAAACUAUGUGAAAAAAGUGCGAGGUGCUCGUACGACAACUACCGCUCUACCCAUACUUAGUGACCGGAACAAAUGUCGAUUCAACUCAGUGACAGAGAUUUCAUCUCGUGCCAAUUACCGUAGCCCUUGUUUUUGCCUAGACAGUGUUAAAAAUAAAUAAAAAUUAAGAAAAACGGACGGCCAGGAGCGAAGAGUGCCUUCAAGUGUGAGAUUAUAGGAUAUGUGAAAAGUCUGCUAAUUGCCUGCCUCAAAUUGACUACAUUAAGGUUUCGUCACGUCCUCAAAAUGGCCUUUACUGUGUCAUUGCGUCGCGUGUUGCUCAUACUGCUGACGGUAACGAUAUUCAUAUUAAUAGUUUUAUACUGGAAACAAGAUGGUAUUAAGCCGCAAGCAUUUUUAGUUGAGAAAUCGAUGAAUCGCCGACGUGAUGUUAAAAUGCGACCGCCACUACCUGAUGAAAAACUGUGGACAUACAAAUGUGAGAAUGAACGUUGCGUACGACAUUCGUAUGGUGGUGGAGUGUCCACCGAACGCCGCAUACCCUUCAUGACAUGCGCAAUGACCUGCGGCGAAGUCAAUAUUUGGCCGCAUCCGACUAUAAAGACUGCCAUUAGUUCAGUGUCUCUCACAUUCACAAUGGAAGAUGUGCAACUGCGCAUGGACACACCGCACAGCGCAGUCGAAUCACAAUUCAAACAAUCUUUUGCCUAUUUCCUAAGCGAUCUGCGUCGCAUACAACGACUGCCAAGUACGGAUGAAACCUCAGAAGUCGCCGGUAUUGGUGGUCGGGAUGUGUCUACCGAUGUUAAUUCCGGUGUGCGCUCUCAAGUGCCUGAAAUUCAUUACAUUCAUAAACAGCAGCAACAACAAAAUCAGCAGAAUCAUAAUCGCGCGCGUCGAGAUACAGCUUACGAGGCGUAUCACACUGGUCACUCUGUUGCAGCUGCAGGUGAUAGUGCAUCAGAAAUGGCAGGUGCAGAUCACCAUCAACGCAUACGGCGGAAUGUCGAUAUUGAUCGAGCGCUGGGUAAAGUGGGCUUAAAUGAGAAUGUGGCACCGGCUGGAAUUUUGAGCAAUGUAUUCAACACGCGUCGUCAUUGUGACAUAGGCACGCUGCUGGUGCAGGUGGAGGUGCACAAGUCCGGCGAAAUAAAUCUAAGCUUGGACACCGAUGAGAGCUACAAACUUUCCAUUGCACAUGAACGAGGAACCGUUAAUGUUCACAUCACCGCUAAUUCAUUCUUUGGCGCUCGCCACGCUUUGUCCACACUGCAGCAAUUGAUCUGGUACGAUGACGAUGACAAUCUCUUGCGCAUUCUGUCAAAGGCAAUAAUUGUUGAUACACCGAGGUUUCGUUAUCGCGGCCUUAUGUUGGACACUUCAAGACAUUUCUUCUCGGUAGAGGCAAUCAAACGCACCAUUGUCGGCAUGUCACACGCGAAGCUCAAUCGUUUCCAUUGGCACAUAACCGAUUCCCAAAGUUUUCCCUAUGUGUCGAAACAUUUCCCCGAAAUGGCAAUGCAUGGCGCCUACUCGGAACAUGAAACCUACACUUUUGAAGAUGUGCGUGAUGUGGCAGCUUUUGCGCGUUUGCAUGGCGUACAAGUCUUGCCGGAGAUCGAUGCGCCGGCGCACGCUGGUAACGGUUGGGAAUGGGGACCAAAACGUGGCCUUGGCGAUCUAUGUUUGUGUAUAAAUCAACAACCGUGGAGUUUUUUCUGUGGUGAACCUCCGUGCGGGCAACUGAAUCCUAAAAACAACAACACUUAUCUUGUACUGCAGCGUCUGUAUGAGGAGUUAUUGAAUGCUACCGGCCCAACAGAUUAUUUUCAUCUCGGCGGUGAUGAGGUGAAUCUUGAAUGUUGGGGUCAGUACUUCAACGACACAGACUUGCGUGGACUUUGGUGUGAUUUUAUGUUGAAUGCGUUGACGCGACUGAAAAUCGCAAACAAUAAUAUCGAGCCGCGCAUAGUGAGUGUUUGGUCGAGUGGUCUGACGAAUACAAAAUGUCUUCCAAGCAGCCGAUUUGCUGUGCAAGUGUGGGGCGGUAGUUCGUGGCAGGAAAACUAUGAUCUCAUUGAUAACGGUUUCAAUGUGAUCUUCUCCCAUGUGGAUGCCUGGUAUCUGGACUGUGGGUUCGGUAAUUGGCGAUCAACAGGUGAGGGCGCCUGUUCGCCUUACCGCACUUGGCAGAAUGUGUACAAACAUAGACCGUGGGAGCGCAUGCGGCUAAAUAAAGCGCAGCGAAAACAGGUACUGGGCGGCGAGGCUUGCAUGUGGACGGAGCAAACCGAUGAGUAUCAAUUGGAUAAUCGAUUAUGGCCGCGUUCUGCUGCACUAGGCGAAAGACUAUGGAGUGAUCUAGACGAUGAUCGGGAAUUCGAUGUGGUACCACAGGAUGUUUUUAAGCGUAUGUCUGUAUUUCGUAAUCGACUUGUCGAAUUAGGCUUGGAGGCGGAGCCAAUAUUUCCAAAAUUCUGUGCACAACAUCCAGGCGAAUGUAUUUGAUAUUAUUUCUAAUUGCCUAAUUAGUCUGCAUUUGUACAUAUGUACGCGUAUGCGCAAGAAAAUUAGAAUCUCUGAUAACUCAGUGUGGAUCGAUUUGUGCCUAAACAGUGUAAACUUCAUGUUCAUGCCGGAGUUGUCUACAUUUUUAAUUUGUUAAAGUUGCUCGAUUAAUAUCAUUUUUAUUUAGCAUAAGAUUACAAAAUUAGUCACGUGCAGGUUGCUGAUUUCCUGAAUUUUUGCAAACUAAAGGUUGAAAUAAAAAAAAAAUAAAAGCAAUGCUCAUUGACAUAUGACGCGCAACUCAGCAAUAUAUUUGAUAUUGGAUAUUGAUAUUGUUUUUAAACUUUUAUUAGUGCAAUUGUUUUUAUUUCUCCUAGCCUUUUAUUUAAAAUAAUAUACCGUAUAUGAUUUUAAUAAAAUAUGUUCAUCAGCACUGUUUAAAUAUGCAAAUCAUUUGCUUUUAAAUAAGUCCUUAAUAUUGUAGUGCAUAUGUAUAUGUAUAAUUGCGCACACACAAUGAUGUAUGUAUUUUAUAAUUAGUAGAUUAUCUGAAAUAGAACCUAAAAUAGUUAAAUUAAUUUCUAAAUUGUAAGCUGUUAAAAGACAAACACCCUGCAAAGCCAGUACUAACUAAGAACAAUU